AAGUAUUUUCAUGUUCGCCGCCAGCUAUGGAGACCCGAGACAUUUACCCAUCUCUUUCCAAAGAAAUCACUAAAGAAAUACUGUUAAGACUACCGGUGAAAUCACUCCUGAGAUUCAGGUGCGUCUCGAAAGCAUGGCAAUCUCUGAUCGACAGCAAACGAUUCAUCAGAACCCACCUUCAAAAUUCGGCAAGAAACCCUAGUUUAGCCCACCACAAGGUUUUGCUGCUCAAAUAUGUGUCUUCACUGCCAACGCUGUUGCAACGCUCUGUACUCGAUAGCUCAGAUACUGAUGAUGCUCUAGAAUUGGAAUUCCCAUUCGAUUUUAUUCAUAUCGUUGGUUGCUGCAAUGGGCUGGUUUGCCUUUUACUGGAUAGAGAUAGACAAAGACAGUUUGUGUUGUGGAACCCAUCUCUCAGAAUCUCCAAGAAACUGUCUGAGACAGACAUGAUGUCGUUCUUUCAAUUCUACUGUUGUGGGUUCGGUUUGGAUGAAUCGAGUGGCGAUUACAAGGUUUUUGCGAUUGCGAAGAGAGCUAGCGGCAAAUCUAUAUAUUGGAUAUAUAGCUUGAAGAGUGAUUCAUGGAAGGAAUCAGAGGAAGUGAAGGGUUGGGAUUCAUGUAAGAAGGAGGAUCGUAGUAGGUAUGAAAAAUGUGAAAUGGGGGUGUUUGCAAGUGGGAGUCUUCAUUGGGAGACGACUGAUAGACGAGGCGUGGUUGCUUGCGACUUGAAGAGAGAGGCGUUGGGGGCGGUGGAGCUGCCCGAGUGCCGGGAGUGCUGCAGGUGGCAAGGUAUUGAGGUUAUUGGGGAAUGCCUUAUGGUAUAUUACUGGUGCGAGGAUUCGAGUUGCUUGGAUGUUUGGAUGAAGAAGAAGGAGUCUUGGGAGAAAGUGGUGGUUCUUGAUGACUUCUUUAGUCCUCUCUAUAUUUCUCCGACCUUGGCUCCUUUUUGGAGUGGUGGGUUUUUUUUGAUCAAGAUUGGGAAUUUGUUGGUUUUUGAUGGGAAAAGGUUUAGGAAUGUGGACUCGUUGAAAUAUGCCGAUGUCUACAUUGAAAGUUUAGUCUCACCAUUAGAGUUAUAGUAGUCCCCAUGCCCAUGGUAAAGGUGUAGCUUCUUGAUUUUUUUGUCAUGCAUUUUUGUUUUUGACUAUUAUUAAUGUUUCAAAUUUGAAUCCAUCUUAAUGUGACUUUUAAUUUUAAACUUGUAGUUAUUCAAUAAGCGAAACUUACAAGGAUACAUGCUUUUAUAAUAGCAACAAUAGAAAUUCGAUUGUGAAAAUUAGUAAUUAUAUUUAUAUGCACUUUUGCUUGAUUUACAAAGGUGUAGCAUGAUUCAAGUGU